CGCUCCAGGGGCGGGGCUAAAGCGGUCAGACACUACAGCUUGUAGUCAGGCAGACCUGGGAGCUUCUGGAGAGCCGAUACAACGGAUUUUCAUCUUCCAGAAGGAAAAUCUGGAUUCAGUUAAACAAGCCGGGUAGCUCACAGCAGAAAUAUUCUCCUUCGUCUUUGGGUUUAUUGCUGUGUAAAGUCCUACUUGGUGUCAGUAUUGAGCCGAGAGGGGCUAACUUGUAGCUGCCUCAGAGCUGUAUGUGCGGUAACAACAUGUCAACUCCUCUACCUGCCAUAGUGCCUGCUGUCCGGAAAGCAACCGCGGCGGUCAUUUUUCUGCAUGGCCUUGGUGAUACCGGGCAUGGCUGGGCAGAGGAAUUCGCGGGCAUCAGAACACCUCAUGUGAAAUAUAUAUUUCCUCAUGCUCCCACCAUGCCAGUUUCUCUGAACAUGAGGAUGUCCAUGCCUUCCUGGUUUGAUAUCUACUCUCUGAGCCCAGAUGCAGAUGAGGAUGAGGCUGGCAUCAAGAGCGCUUCAAAGAACAUUAAAGCUUUGAUAGAUCAAGAAGUGAAGAAUGGGAUUCCCUCACACAGAAUUAUCCUGGGGGGGUUUUCUCAGGGUGGAGCUUUAUCUCUCUACACGGCUCUGACAUCUCAGAAGAAGCUCGCCGGUGUGGUCGCUCUGAGCUGUUGGCUUCCCCUCCGUAAAUCCUUCCCUGAGGCGGCAGCCAACAGUGCUAACAAGGACAUGCAUGUCCUACAAUGCCACGGGGAAGCCGACAACUUGGUCCCGUUUAUGUUUGGUGUCCAGACGGCAGAGAAGAUGAAAAGCCUCAUCAACCCGUCCAACAUCACCUUUAAAUCGUACCGGGGCCUACCUCACAGUGUGCGCCCAGAGGAAUUGAUUGACGUCAAGCAGUUCAUAGAGAAGCAGCUUCCUGACAUCAGCGAUGAGUGAACAAAGAAUGCCCCCCCCCCCCCCACUCACCUACUCGGUACUGUUCGAGUCUGAAUCUGUGAGAUUCGCUGGACUUUACAACCAUGGACCUGACAGUAAAUCUGCUGCUACUCCAUAGACCAUGUGGCCCUGGCAGUUCCUGUUAGUCUGCAACAGGAGGCAAUGCUGCAAACGCACUGGAGCCACAGACUCAACCCUGUGCAACAGUAGAGGGACGCUAGGAGCUUGAUUGCAAAGCAUGUUGCCACUGAGACUUUUUUGUAGGAACCAUAUGUAUUAAAAUAACUAGGGCUAAACUUUUGAGUUAAAUACUCAAACCUCUUACAAUAAAUUAUGUAUUGUAAAAAGC